GAGACAGUCCGUGAAGAACUCGAGUGUGUGUGUGUGUGUGUGUGCGCGCGCGCGCGCGCUGAUGUUGCUGAGUUGAGCGCGUGCAGUGGGCGGUCCGCGCGUGAGAGAAAACCCCCGUGCGCGCUCUGUCCCGAUCAUCACACUCCUCGCAGACCUCCAUCUCCAUCCAUCAGCUCAAACCUACCCUCUCCAAAACCCGGAGCGUUUGAUGCGCGAUCGGAGGCGAUGCUGGAGUCCGGCGGCGGCGCGGUGCUGAAGGAGGGCGCGCUGGAGAAGCGCAGUGACGGUCUGCUGCAGCUGUGGAAGAAGAAGCGCUGCGUGCUGACCGAGGAAGGACUGGUGCUUCACCCAUCCAAACACCACCACCACCACGAAACCGCCUGCAAGGCGAAGGAGCUGCACUUCGCCAACAUGAAGACGGUGGACUGCGUGGAGCGCAAGGGCAAGUACGUGUACUUCACGGUGGUGAUGUCCGAGGGCCGAGAGAUCGACUUCAGGUGCCCGCAGGACGAGGGCUGGAACGCGGAGAUCACGCUGCAGAUGGUCCAGUACAAGAACCGCCAGGCGAUCCUGGCCGUUAAGUCCAGCCGGCAGAAGCAGCAGCAGCUGCUCGUGGUCUCCGCGCAGAAGAUGCUCCGAAACGCGCAGUAGGACGCCGGAGAGCGGCGAUAUCGACGUACGUUACCGCGCGUAAAAAGCGCUGGAUGCGCAUUACGGACGUCGCUUUUUAGUGUCACCCUCCGCGCACGGACGCUCUUCCUGCAUUGAAAGACAUCACGGCUGAAGAAGCACCGGGAAUAUCUCCUCUCAGAGGCUGCACGGGGGGCCGGGGCAAGUUGUCACAGUGACGUUCAGAGUGGAAAAUCCGUUUGCAGGAACGCAGUGGCGCUGUGCGUGUUGCUUUCAAAAAUGUAGUACAAAGCAGAUUCUGAAUUCUGAUUUAUUUUGGGGUUAUAGGCGUUUGGUGAACUGUGAAACCACACUGGGAUUUGUGACCCUGGAGCACAAAAGCAGUCAUAAGUUGCACAGGUAUAUUUGUAGCAAUAGCUACACUGUAUGGGUUUUCUUUUAUGCCAAAAAUCAUUAGGAUAUUAAGUAAAGAUCAUGUUCCAU